AUGAACCCGGGAGGAUCGGUUAAGGAUCGCAUCGGCAAGCAGAUGAUUCUCGACGCCGAAGCGAGCGGCCGCAUCAAGCCCGGCGAUACGUUGAUCGAACCCACCUCCGGCAACACCGGCAUUGGGCUGGCGCUCACGGGAGCCGUGCGGGGCUACAACAUGAUCAUCACCCUGCCCCAGAAGAUGUCCCAGGAAAAGGUGGCGGUGCUCGAGGGGCUCGGGGCGCGUAUCAUCAGGACGCCGACGGAGGCGGCGUGGGAUGCGCCCGAGUCGCACAUCGGGGUGGCGAAGAAGCUGCAGGGGGAGCUGUCCAACGCGCACAUCCUGGACCAGUACGCCAACCCGUCCAACCCGAAGGCCCACUACGACAACACGGCCGAGGAGAUCCUCGCGCAGACCGACGGGCACGUGGACUACGUGGUCGUGUCGGCCGGCACCGGCGGCACCAUCACCGGCAUCGCCAAGAAGAUCAAGGAGAAGGUGCCCCACUGCCGCGUCGUCGGCGCCGACCCCGUGGGCAGCAUCCUGGCCGGCCCCGGCCCCAUCCUCCCCUACCGCGUGGAGGGCAUCGGCUACGACUUCAUCCCCGACGUACUCGACGCCGGCCUCGUCGACGAGUGGGUCAAGACCGAGGACAAGGAGUCCUUCCUCCUUGCCCGCCGCCUCAUCCGCGAGGAGGGCCUCCUCGUCGGCGGCAGCUGCGGCUCCUCCCUCUACGCCGCCCUCCACGUCGCCAAGAAGGCCAAGAAGGGCGAGCGUAUCGUGGUGGUGCUGGCGGACGGCGUGAGGAACUACAUGUCCAAGUUCCUGGACUCGAGGUGGUGCAUCGACCUGGGCUACAUGGAGCCGCCGGCCAACGAGCACUACGGACAGCACACCGUCGCAGACCUGCGCCUCGACUCGCCGCACGCCCUCCCGCCCACGGCCACGCUGCGCGACGCCCUGGCCUUCCUGCAGUCCCACCCGGAGGUCACCCACCUGCCGGUCAUCUCCGAGGCCAAGGGCCUCGAGGGCGUGGUCUCCCUCGACUCGCUCACCGACGCCCUCCUCGCCGCGCCCCCGUCGGCGCCCUCGCCGCCCGUCACGGUCGCCUUCCUGGCCGAGUUCCGGGAGAUCCCCGCCGACCUGCCCCUCGCGCAGCUCCACUACACCCUCCGCAAGAACGACGUCGCCUUCGUCACCCACCGCGCCUCCCCCACCGCCCCCAAGGCCCUCCGCGGCAUCGUCACCAAGCGAGACCUUCUCGCCUUCCUCGCCACCGCCACCAACAACACGCCCUCCUCCUCCUCCAGCUAG